AAUGUCGUAUGAAGAAAGGUAUCACGAGUGGACCUGUCAACUUGCCGCGAUGGUGCAUAACAAAAAUGAAGAGGAACGACGACGAAAUAAGACGACGUAAACAUGGGUUUUAUUAUGCAUCUAUGCCGAAACUAACACCAGAGAAGUUCCAAAAUUAUUAUCGUAUGACAGCUACGCAAUUUGAAGAAUUGUUGCACUUAGUGGCACCUGCAAUCAUUAAACAAACCGUCAUUAGGGAACCAUUACCUCCUGCAGAACGACUAUCCAUAACAUUAAGGUAUUUAUCAACUGGUGAUUCAAUGCAUUCAAUGUCGUACCAUUAUCUCGCUGGAGUAUCGACAAUAAGCCACAUUAUAGGUGAAACAUGUAAUGCUAUAUGGAACUCUAUUUGCCAGGAAGUGCUCCCACCAUCAAAAAGUACAGAAGAGUGGCUACGUCUUGCUGAAGAAUUUGAAGGAAGAUGGAAUUUUAAUCAUUGCAUAGGAGCAAUUGACGGCAAACAUGUUACUAUUGAGUGUCCACCUAAUGCAGGAUCGUCUUACUAUAACUAUAAAAAUAGUCAUAGUAUUGUGCUCCUUGGAAUCUGUGACGCACAAUAUAUGUUCACAUUCGUUGAUAUAGGAGCCUACGGUCGCUGUAGUGACGGGGGCGUUUUCAAAAAUUCAAAGAUGGGUCUAAAAUUUAAUUUAAAGGAAAUGAAUGUACCUACACCAGAACCUCUCAGUCCAGGUGGACCGCCUUUACCAUAUGUUCUGGUGGGUGAUGAAGCCUUUCAAUUGACGGAUUAUUUGCUCCGGCCUUAUCCAGGAAAAGGCGGUUUAAAUGACGAGCGAAAUAUUUAUAACUAUCGGUUGAGUCGAGCCAGAAGAACAAUUGAAAAUACGUUUGGUAUCUUAGUCAGCCAAUGGAGAAUUUUAAAGCGACCGAUCAAUUGUAGUAUGGAAAAAACAAUUUCAUUGUUAAAGCCAUUGUAUGUCUCCAUAAUUGGAUUCGUCGAAGGGAUAUUGGAAAAAACGAAUAUGUUAUUCCAACACUAAUUGAUCAGGAGGAUUAUGAUGGCUUUGUCCCAGGCUCUUGGAGAGCUUGCAUAAAUAAUAGUGCAUUUAUGGACAUAACUCACUGCGGUUCUAAUAAUAGUUCUCGUCGAGCAAUGCAGAUUCGAGAAGAAUUUUGUAAAUAUUUUAAUAGUGAAGGCGCUAUACCAUGGCAAUUUAAUCAUUGUUAAAGCCAUUGUAUGUUCGUUAAAAAAAUAUGCAAUUUAAUUUGAAAACGUGUGAUAAAAUGAAA